AUGAUCAGAAACAACCACUCGAGCCUCCAUCGAAUGUCAUCUUCUCCCAUUCCAGCUACAUCUUCAACGCCGCUCUCGACGGCAUCUCUUCCAUCCGAUAUCCUUACGAAUGGAGUAGGUCCAUUUUCUCCAACAAACAAUGAUAAUGGCAGUACGACCUCUCCGAGUACUUUGGUUGGUGGAGAGGAACAAGAAGAUAGAAAAUUUAAAAGACUCUCCUAUGUGAUGACAGAUGACAACCAAACAACAUCUCAAAUGGAGGAUUAUGAUGUGGACCCAUUACAAACUAUGGAACAAAACAUCACUAGUUUACACACAAUUAUUGACAAAUUAUCAAUACUUUUCAAACCACUCCAACCAUCAUCACCCAAUGACAUGAGUUCAAGUAGCAAUAAUCUUCUCCUGAUGUCAUCAUCGUCAUCAUCAUCAUUGAACAACAAUUCAUUUUAUGGCUCCAACACAACAACACUUUCUAUUACUAAAGUUGAGCCACAAUUUGGUUUACUUCAAUCACGUACCAAAGUCACUAUUUAUUUCAAUUCUCCAAUUUUCACCAACAUUCCUUCUACUAUUACUACUAAUCAACUCAAACCAGAAGAAAGAUUUAAAAUUGUAUUUGGAAAACAACUCAUCGAACCAACUAUUAACCUUUCAGAACAAACUCUUUCAUUUUUCACUCCUCCAAUUUCCAAUUUGGUUGCUGCAACAUCAUCUCCAACAACCUCUUCAAUCUUGAAUACUAUUGCGAAUAACAGCCACGAGAUUAAGGUCUUGGACUUGUCCAAUUGUCAAUUUAUCACUUCGAAUCCAACACUCACAUUUACGUUUCUGACAGAUCCAAAAGAGGAAGUACUGACAGAUUUGGAAAAGGUAAAAACACUCUACAAUGAAAAAGGAGUGUCAUGGUUGCAUGAGAAAACAUAUCCAAAAGGCCAAACAGUGGUACAUGUUGCUUUCAAACUUGCUCAAUUUGAAGUUGUGAAAUAUCUUGUCACACAAUCCGAUCAAAUCGAUUGUCUCGAUCAAAAAGAUGACAAUGGACAAACACCUCUCGAUGUGGCCAUGGCUGCUAAAAAUUAUUAUUUCAUGACACAAAUUGUUGAAUGGUUGAAAACCAUUGUGAAACAAAAAAUUCAAAUGCAACAAAUGCAAUACAACACGACCAAUCAAGCAGCCAUUAUGAUGAAUGAUCAACAAAAAGAACCCAAUUCGCCACAAAUUGCAACCACCAUCUCCACUCCAACCAAAAAACUUGUUUCUCCUCUCUCUAUUAGUCAUAUCUCCAAUAAUGAAACGAAUGAAUUUUCCUCCACUCCAAUCAACGCCAUAGAACCACCCAUGACUCCUUCUCGAUCUUCUCGAGCUGCUCUAAUAACUACUACUCGUGAAUUUGAUGGUGGUCCAACUUCAAGCUCAGUACCCACCACUCUUUCUCCACUCUCAUCAAGAAUGAGCAGUCAUAAUGAAUGGAGUGAGGAUGGUAUGAGUGGUGGCCAGAGUGGUGGUGGUGGUGGUGGCCAGAGUGGAAGUGUUCACAGUAGUGGUAGUGGCAUGAGUGUUGCCAAUAAUGGAACUUUAAUGAAACACCGGAGUGGUCACAAACGAUUAUUUACAUCCUCCUCCUCCUCCUCCUCAGGGGUUCCUCUCAAAGCGGUGAAUCAACCAUCACCAUCACUUGUGAUGACAACACCAAUCAGUAAUGCAUCAGCGGAUGAAGAUGUGUCGAGCUCGACCGAUGAAGAAUCCGAUGCAGUCUAUACUGCUGGUACUCCCAUACGUUCAGUUGCAACGUUGGAAGAACGAGAAGAAGAAGCCAUUGCCAAUCUCAUUGUGAAAUAUCGAUUGGAUCAAUAUAGUGAAAUUUAUACAAACAUGUCGAAUAGAGAUGAUAUUUUAGUUCAGAAAAUCACUAAAAAGUUGGAAAUGAAAGAUGAUUGGGGUGACAAUGCCACAAAAAAGAGAAAAGAAACCAUGCUUGUCCCUCUCACAAGAGAACGAUCAUUUUUAGAAGAAGUUCAAUUAGAGAGAAGAGCCAAUCCUUUUAAACCAAGUAUUUACUACGAUGAAGAAGUCGAUGAUGGUUACACAGAGAGUACUCUCUUGUUGUCUCAAUUUUUUGAAGAUAGUGCUAAAAAUCUUCCUUUCCAUGUGUUGAGUACCAUUCAGACCAUGUCUUCUGAUUUUAUUAUUGUGACAUUUAAAACACUCUUGGAUCACAAAUCUAAAGAAUUAGUAUUCAAUGUGGAUGAUUUGAAACCAAUCACUUAUGAAAUGGAUGUGAGUGAUCGAAUUCGAAAAAAGACAGAGGAUAGAAAAAAGCUCAGUGCCACCUCACCCUCACCCUCAUCAACAACUUCAUCAUUGGACGAGUUGGAUGUCUCUCUAGUCAUUCCAGAAAAACAAAAAAUCCUACCCAUGGAAGGUUUACAAGAUUCUGAGUUUUUGUUGGCCACCUUUGAAGAUGUAUUUCCAUGUGAAGAUCAACAAAAAGUGACCAAAAGCAAUGAUGAUACCAAACUACUCUACUCGGAUUUUGAAUGGGAGUCUUCACAUAUUGACCCUACUUCACAAUACUUGUUUGAAUUGAAAGGUUUUGAACUCGAUGUCAACAAAAAGUUCGAAGUUCCUCUCGAAGAAGCCUAUUUCAUCACAGUCUCUCUGUAUACCUACACCGACAAGGCCUAUAAGAAAAUUUCAGAGGAUGUUGAAUUUAAAAUUGAAACUCAUCCAAAGGAAGAAGACACCAUUACAAAAGUGAAGGCCAUGUUCUCUGUUCAAAAAACGAUGGAAUCCAAAGUUGUAGUUCUCAUCAAAUUUUAUAGAAAGUUCAGAGGAGAAUUAACGGAAACUCUGAAUGAUUUCUACACACAAAAAGCAGAAAAAGUCAAACAAGGAGAUGUGAAAAAGUUUUUGACGAGGAAUGAAAAAUUCUCAACCUUCCCAGGCAUUGCCAAUACAACUUCCAUCUUUGCAUGGACAGCCAUUCACUUACAUGAAUGUCUCAGAAAGACAGAAGUCCAUUUAACCGAUUGUCUCUAUGUGUUACCAUUGAAAUGUCGAUCAGGAGAUGCUACUUUAUUGGAUAAUUAUUUAGAUGUUUACACCAAUGUGGAGGAUCGAGAUGACAAACCACUCAUGAAAAAAUCACUUUAUGGAAAAAUGUCAUUUGUGUUGAAGGAGUUACCAAAUGUUCCACCAAUUCCUCGACACUAUCAUCCAAAUUCACAUGAAUUAGUGAUCAAAUUAGAUUCCAAACAUUUAAGAGUUCAACACAUUCCAAAUUUGGAAAAUAGUUUAAUGACAAAACUUUUACCACUCUCGAGUGAAAUGAUUGUUUAUCCUAAAGAGUUGAAUUUAGUGAGAAAAGACUACAAGAACAUUGUGGUUCGAGUCUCAUUCUGUAAUGAGAAAGAAAAACACAAACCAUUCCAUGUGUUUUAUUCCAAGUUUUCAAGAAAUCCAGCGAAUCGAGUCUCUCAUCGACAAACCUCUGUCUGUGUUGGAAAUCGACAACCUGAAUUCAGUGAAGAAUUCAAAUGUAUUUUACCAUGUACAUUGAGUGGUCAACAUAUUUUCUAUUUUGAAUUUUUAAAUAUUCUUCAUAAGGAAUCAUUGAUUUUAAAGAAUCAUCGUGAAGAUGUUCAACGUAUUGGUUAUGCGACUCUGAGAGUAUUGUCUGAUCCCAAGAUGAAUAGCACUGAAACUGUUUUGGAUAUUUACACAGAACGAAAGGAAGGAAAUGUGAUCAAGACUGAAAAAUUGGAAGGAUCUUUCACGGUUCAAUUGUACUCGAGAAGUAUUGCCUUUCCAACCGAUGAAAAUCUUUCGAACUUUUUCCUAUUUUUGGACAAUUUUCAGAGAAAGAAUACGGCAAAAGGAGCUCGAAAAGAACGAGAUUUCUUUGAAGAGCUGACCAAUCGAGAGUUACUUUCCAUCUUGCCAGGACUCAGUAAGGUUCAACAAAUGGCAUUUGCUCCUGUGAUUCUCAAUCAACUCUUUCUCUUGUACUUUGAUAUGAGUGAUGAAGAUCUUCAAAAUUCCAUCUUUUGUACCAUCAUUGAUAUGGUCGAUAAGUAUAGAACGGAACAUCGAACCAUUGUUCCUGGAUGGAUCAAAUUCCAAUUCACAAGUGUCUUUCCAGAAACCAUGAUGACCAAAUUACCCAUGAUUGCUACUUCGGUCAAGUCUAUUUUAGAAAAACCCGAAUACGAUAGCAAGGUGAUUAAGAAUGUGGCUUGUUUGUUCUCCAUCUUGUUAAAAGCCAUGGUGGUUCAUUUGGAUUAUGUGAAAAACAAGUGUCAAGAUACCAACUAUGAUUUUGAUGAUCAUUUCUAUGCAACCAUUAAUACCAUUACCACCAAAUCGUUUCGAGGACUUUUGAGGAGAAACAUUCUCACCACUCGUCCAGUGACAAUUAUCAAUACGACUGUGAUUUAUGCUCAAUUUUUGAAAAUUCUCUUUACCAUUAUUGACAAACCCUAUGUGAUGAAAUUGAUUGCUUCUUUUGUUGAACUUUUACCUCUCAUUAUUCCAAAUGAAAAUGAAAUGGAUAAGAAGAGUAAGAAUACCAUUUUAGAAUGUGUGGCCAAUCUUCAAGUUCUUACCUAUAAGGAAGUAUUUUCCUAUGACAAUUAUCUUCAAUUAUUUAUUCCAGAAUCGGUUGAAAACAUUUUGAAACAAGAAACACUGCCAGUUUUAGAUGGCACUCAUUUCUUAUUCAGUUCCUUUGUGGAUGUCAUUCUCAAAAAUAUCACAAGUCCAAUCAAAGAAAUUAGAAACAACACGUCUCUCAUUUGGAGAGAAUUUCUUGUCAAGUUGCUCAUUCUAUCGAAAAGUCCACUCUUUGAAGAUGCUACAGAAAUUGAUGACCGAAUUCAUUUAAUGACUUUUGAAUUUGUUGAAAAGUUUCUCACUGUUCUUCAAGAUUGGAGAACGGAAGUGGACAAGAGUGUGAAUUCAAACAAGAUGAAAAUGAAUGACUGCAAAAAACGAAAGAUUAUGAUUCAACAACAAUUGGCUGCAAAGAAAGAAUCUCAAAGAUCAGCAAAAGAAAAUUCUCUUGCAAACUUUCAAGUCGAUACACUCAACAAGGAAAUUCAAAUUCUCGAAACAAAUUACAAACAAUUUGAUAGCAUGAUCAACAAGACAAAAGAAGAAUUGAAGAAAGACAUGAAAGAGUCUUUUAAAGAGAAGAGACAACUUGUUGCUUGUAUUUUCCACAUUUUGAAAAAUGUUGAUCAGAGAUAUUUACAACGAUGGAUCAAAGAAUCCAUUUCAUCCAAAAGAAUUCAAUUUUUACAAUUAAUGCAAUUAAUGUUACAAUCAUUCGAAUAUCAAAGUGAGGAAUACUUUAAGGUCUUUUAUGAACAUUAUUACAAUACUCAAGUCAAAGUCAAAGCAAAAGAAGAAAACAAAUCGAGUGGUGAAUAUCCUUCUUCCAUGAUUGCCAAUGCGAAUAGUCCAAAUCAUACUUUGAACAAGUCCUUGACUCCCACUACCAUUAGUAGUAGUAGUAGUAGUACUGGUGGCAACCAUGUUGGUGGUAAUAGUAGUCAUGGUAAUAGUACUGGUAGUAGUAGUAAUGGUAGUGGUGGUAAUACUGGUAGUGUUGUAAACAUCAAUUCAAGCAACCAACAACAACAACAACAAGCAUGGUCCAUGACUUCGAGCCAUUCCACUCCCACUGCUGCUGCUUCUGCAACAACCAAUAGCACCUCAAACACCUCAUCAGCAACAACAACAACAACAACCACCACCACCACCAAUAACACUUCAAACACUCCUCAUGAAACUCCUCAAGAAAUGAUUGCAGGUGAAAUUGAAGAAAUUCCAUCACCAAAAACUGCAACUUCUGAACUUGUGAAAGCAGGUCAUUCACUUCAAAAGAAAAAGAACAAUAAGGGAUUUUUAUCUCGACUUGUUCCAGGAGCAGCAAGAUUUGUGAGUUCCGAUCAAAAUCUGAGAGAAGAUGUCAAAGAACUUCGUUCUUAUCACUCCAAGUCAAAACUUUUGGAAUCAUCGGACAAGACCAAAUCAGUGAAAUUGGAAACAAGUGCCACCAAUUAUGUUAAAAAGUGUGUCAUUAUUGAACAGAAUUGGUCCAGAGAAGUUUCCAAUUAUGUCUUUGAGUUACUUGUCUUUUAUGUGGAAUACAUUUUGAAUAAUUCCUCAGUUGAACAAUUGAAUGUUCAAAUAUUGGAUUCUGCCAACUUGUUAGACCAUAUUGUCAAAAUCUUUUUGAGCUUUUUGAGAAUUAAUCAACCUGAAGAUGUUUUGAUCAAUGUUCUAAUUUAUCUCAAAAGCUUCUUUGCAACGAGUUAUCGAUCUAUUUUUGAUGAAGAAAUUAAUGCACAAUAUCCAACACUAUUCUGUGAAUGUUUAAUGAUGCAUUGCAAUUCUCCAUUGGUUGAAGUGAGACAACACGCCACUGCUUGUCUGUACUUGUUGAUUCGAUACAUGUACAUGAUUAAUUAUAAUACGAUUUUGAAACCACAAGUUCUCACCACAUUGGCACUUUCCAAAACACUACAAAAAUUUGUAUCUUCUAUUGUGAAUAUUGAUUAUUUGAAGAGUGCCAUUGAUGCCAUUGGAAAGUAUGCGUAUUUGGAUCCUAAUCCUCCAUCCUCAUCACAACAUUUACAACAUUUACAAAAUUUAACAGUGAAACCAAGUCAAAACCAUGGCAUUGACAAUGGAAAUAACAAUGGAAAUAAUAAUACCAUUGCCAAUGACAACAAUGCCAUUGACAACACGAGUUUCAAUCAUCAUGAUAGUAUUCAUCAUCGUAGUAGUAAUAGUAAUGAUAGUAAUAUCAAAGGAUUACUAUUACGACCAUCUGCUUCUUCGGAAGGAGUCCAAUUGAAUUCCAUCUAUUCCAAUCUCUCAAAUAUUGAACACGAAGUGAAAUUGAGAUCCACCGUUCAAGACAAGACUGAAGAAUCAAGUUUUGCUGAAGAAGUGAAUUCACAAGUCUGUAAAAAACUUUUAUCUCUUCUUCAGGACACUACGAGUGUGAAAACAACUCUUGCUCUCGAAGACAUUCACAAAACCGAAGAUUUAUUCUUGAGAAUUUCACAUGUCUAUACACGUAUUCCAGAAUUGAGAUUUGUUUGGUUGAAUCAACUUGCUGCCAAUCACAUCAAACAUGGUCAAUAUUUAGAGGCCAGUCAAUGCUAUUUGACUAUACUUUCAUUGGUGUUUGAUCAUUUAGAAUCGACAAAAUCUCCAAUUCUGAAUGGAAUUCCAUCUCAAAACUUGGCUGCCAUUUCUCCACUCAAGAGAUUGAAACAUCAAGUAGUGGCUGGAACUACUACUACUAGUACUAGUAUUCAUAACAACAAUGGCAAAUCCAUCAAUUCAUUAAUGACGAUGGGUGAUUGUUUCAUUUCCAAUCAAGCCAUUGAAUUCACAGAACAUGGAAUUAUGACUUUAUUGACCAAGGCCAUUGAAGCUUUAGAAUUGGCAGAAUUCUUUGAGACUUGUAUUGUCUUGGAAAAAUUGGCCAUUCCAUUCUUGGAGAGAGUCAAUGAUUGGGAACGAUUGGCCAAUACUUAUCAUCAUUUACAAGACUUAUGUGAUCGAUUGAAAAAACCAGAUCGAUUAGAACCCUACUAUUACAAAGUAGAAUUGGUGAACUUUCCAGCCGAUAAGGCACAACCCAGUCACAUUUACAAAAUGCCAAAACUCUUUAAAUUAUUCAAAAUGAACAAAUGGGUUCAAGAGAAAUUUGGUUCACCUUUCAUGAAUGACACGAUUGAAGUUGUGAGUGGUGCCAAAAAGGUUGAUAUUGAUCCCAAUAAGAAGUAUAUUUUCCUCACUCCUGUGAAACCUCUCACGAAGGAAAUUAAACAACCGGUCAUUGGAAAUCAAAAAAUUUCCAAAUACGAAGGAAGUGUGAACAAGUUUUACUAUGAAUCUGCUUAUGGAAAGAAAACAGAACUCGUCACUGAAGCCUAUAAAAAGAAGGUGAUUAUUACUUGUGUGGAUUCUUUCCCAUCCAUGAAGACACGAUUAAUGAUUGAAGCAGAGAAGGAAAUUAUUUUAACACCUAUUGAAUCAGCCAUUGAUAAUAUUGAUUCACAAAUUUCUAAAUUGAGAGAUGCUUUACAAAUUCCUGGUCAAGAUGAAGAUAUUGAUAUUUCACAAAUUACGAUUGGAACAAAUAUUGAUCUUCAAAACUUGCAACUCGUUCUUCAAGGUUCAAUCAAAGCCACUGUUCAGGGAGGUCCUGCCAGUAUUGUUGAAGGUUUUUUAAAGAUGGAUCAGAGACCAUUGUAUCCCAUUGAUCACAUUAUUACAUUGAAUCGAAAAUGUCACAUUUUCUUGAGAUUGUGUGAAGAAGCUGUCAAAGUGGAAAAUCAAAUGAUUGAUAAGGCAACAGAAAGAGCAUUCCAUCAAGAAAUGGAGAAGGCUCUCAUAGAAACUCAACACUUAUUCGCACAACAUUUAACUCCUAUUGAUUAUGAAAGAUUUUAUACUCAAACUCCAAAUCAUCAAAAUUACAAUAAUGAAGGAGAUGAAAAUGGUGAUGUGGAAACUGGAAUUAGAAACUUACGUCUAGGUUUAGGAGAAGAACAUAUGGAUGAUGAUUUGUUGUAA